CUCUCGCAUUAUUUAGUUCAGUGCGAAAAAUGGCGGCUAUACUUUCUGUCAAUCCGAAGGCUGAAAUUGCUCGUCAAGCUCAAGCGCUUGCCGUAAAUAUUUCGGCGGCGAGAGGCUUGCAAGAUGUUUUAAAAACAAAUUUAGGACCUAAAGGAACUAUGAAAAUGUUAGUAUCUGGCUCUGGUGAUAUCAAAAUUACAAAAGAUGGAAAUGUUCUCCUUCAUGAAAUGCAAAUUCAACAUCCCACUGCUACGUUAAUUGCACGAGCAUCCACAGCACAAAAUGAUGAAGUUGGUGAUGGAACAACAUCUACUGUUUUGUUAAUUGGUGAAUUGUUGAAGCAAGCUGAUCUUUAUAUAGCAGAGGGACUUCAUCCUCGAAUUCUAAACGAAGGGUUUGAAUUAGCCCGAGAUAAAGCUCUUGAUAUCUUAGAAGACAAAAAGAUAAUCUGUGAAAUGGAUAGAGAAAAAUUAGUUAAUGUAGCAAAUACUUCUUUGCGCACAAAGGUGAAUUCUAAGCUAGCUGAUCGUUUAACUGAGAUUUGUGUUGAUGCUGUUCUCUCUAUUAUAAGACCUGGUGUGCCUAUUGAUUUGCAUAUGGUAGAGAUCAUGGAAAUGAAGCAUAAAACAGAUAUGGAUACUUCCCUUAUUCGUGGAUUAGUCUUAGAUCAUGGAGCAAGACAUCCUGAUAUGAUGAAAAAAGUAGAAGAUGCAUAUAUUUUAACUUGUAAUGUUUCUUUAGAAUAUGAAAAAAGUGAAGUCAAUGCAGGUUUCUUUUACAAAUCAGCGGAAGAAAGGGAAAAGCUUGUCAAUGCAGAGCGAGCUUUUAUUACAGAAAGAGUCAAAAAGAUAAUUGAACUUAAGAAAAAAGUCUGUGAUGGGACGAAAAAAGGAUUUGUUGUAAUCAAUCAAAAGGGUAUUGAUCCAAUGUCUCUUGACCUGCUUUGCAAAGAAGGAAUAGUUGCUUUAAGAAGAGCAAAACGGAGGAAUAUGGAAAGGUUAACUUUGGCUUGUGGAGGAGAGGCCAUGAAUUCAGUUGAUGAUUUAACUCCAGAUUGUUUAGGGGAAGCUGGAAUGGUAUACGAACAUGUUUUAGGGGAAGACAAAUAUACUUUUGUUGAAGACUUGAAAAAUCCUCAAUCCGUAACUGUUCUAAUUAAAGGACCAAAUGCCCAUACCAUAACUCAGAUCAAGGAUGCUGUCCAUGAUGGAUUAAGAGCUGUAAAAAAUGCUCUUGAAGAUGGUAAUGUGUUAAAUCAAUUAUAUUCUUUGAAUUAUAUAUGUGCAUUACAUUAUUACAUUUGA